UUUAGUUUCAAUUGAAUGUAUGCUAUCAGUUUAUUAAUUUUUACAGCUGUUGUAGAGCUUCCACCAGAUGGAACUUUGCAGACCCAUGACUUAGCCCUUAUUCGGGAAAUUGCCGAAGCGAAAGUCCAGUCCUAUCUUUACACGAAACCCUCCAGAAGGACGAAUUCCAGCAGGUCGAACAAACAUCGCCAUCGGUCGAGGAGAAUUAGAAGAAAUGUUAUAAGGCGGAGUGAAAUGCAAAGUGAGACUGAAGAGACAGUAUAUUACAUCAGCGAUGCCGAGACAUCUCCAAGUCCUGGAGAUUCUUUCGAGUUUUCUGAAGCAGAAUGCGACAUGCACCUCCGUUUGGCGAUGGAGGAACGACCUGUUUGACAUUCGAUCCGACAGACCGGUUCCUAACUACAAGGGACCCCAAAAAAAGAGCUCAAGUAUCAUCUGCACAGUUAAUUAUCUGGAUUCAUUAAUAAAAGUCUAAUUA